UAAACGGUUAUAUCUCUUUUCCUCGAUUUCGGCGGUCAUUUAACUGACUAGGUUCCGGUAGUAGAGGCCUGUCAAUUUCAUUUGAGCCACUGUUCAAGCUGAUAUGCGAGUAUCAGAAUGAACGCACUAAGCAUCGAAGAAAAGAUCUUUCUUAUCGAGUACUUCUACAGUAAAGGUAAAAACUAUGCUGAAACAUAUCGUGGAUUCCGCAGUAAAUAUGGAUCUAAAAAAGUUUCGAGCCAAACUAUACUCAGAAGCAUUAUUGAUAAUUUUAUUAUUCAUGGCACUUUGAAUGAUCGUAGACAUGAUUUACCCGGCCCAUCUCGUACUGUUACAACAGAAGAAAAAAUUGAUGAAGUUAGAGAAUAUUUUGAAGUAAAUCCAAAUUCCUCGAUUCGGAAAGCUGCUCAAGUCAUGAAUUUGAAGCGAGAAACUCUCUGAAAGAUUGUGAAAGACAUCAUCAAACUGCAUCCAUACAAAAUCACUGCACAUCAGUUACUGACAAAAAAUGCGAUGGAAAAACGAGUUGAGUUUAAAAUGCACUCGCAGUAUUUCCAAAGCCACGUUGAACGACGUAUUUGAAAGUUUCCGAAAACGGUUAAAAUUCUGUGCCGAUUCCGAUGGAGCACAUUUUGAUAAUAUAUAU